AUGUGGAUUCAUACAAGAUACGGAUUCCCUAAUGUGAAUUCUGCCAUUCCCCUCUGCUCACCACACAAACAUUUCCGGCACCUUCCUUUCGCUCCCCUCUCUCCCCCCUCUACCCCAAUUCCGUUCCCUGCCCACACUCAGGGCGCAACGCCCCGCCAGCCCAUUUUAGCAACCGCGGGCCUGCGCGGACCCACCCCCCUGAAGUCGAUCCCGCCAUACCCUUCCGCUCACCUCGCGUUUCCUUUAACUUGCUUUCUCUUGUCUCCUCCCCCCCCUCUCCCCCUCUCCCCCACUCCCCCGGCCCUCCCCCACACGCAGGGCGCAACGCCCGGCCAGCGCAUUCUCGCAACGGCGGGCCUCCUCGGCCCCACCCCCCUGAUGGGAGUCUCCCCCGUUCCCCCCGGCGCAGCUCCUGGCGCAGGGGGAGCCCCCGGCGCGCCUGGAUCCGCGCAGCAGCAGCAGCCCGCGGACGUGCAGGCGCAGGUGGCGCUGCUGGCGGGCCAAUUAGACGACGCCACGUUGCUGCGCCUCCUGCAGCAGCGCGCAGCGCAGGGCUCGCUGCUAACGAGCGUCGCGGCGGGAUUCGGUCUCACGGGCGCAGGCGGCGGAGGUCCCCCUGGCGUAGGCCCUCCCGGCGGAGCUCCCGCGGGGGGCCUUGGCGGAGGCCCGGGAGGGCCUGGCGGACCUGGCGCUCCUGCGGGGGCGCCGGGCGCGCAAGGAGUGGCUCCCCCGGGUCCGGGGGGGCCUGCGCCUGGGGGACCCGGGGGAGGGCCCCCCGGACAAGGGGGGCAGAUGCUUGGUCCGCAAGUGGGAGUGGGGCCGGCGGGCGGGGGAGCGGGAGUGGGGCCCGGAAUGGGUCUGAAGGUGCCUCAGUUCCGACAGCAGCCACAUGCGCAGGACACCCCGCCAGCCCCAUCCUUCAACGGACUCGUACCAAAUCCGCCGCCCAUGCAAGCCCAGCAGCACCCCAACUCCGUGCCACCACAACGUGCGGGUCCCCUGCAGCCGCAGCAACCGCCCCCCUUGUCCCAUCAUGCUCCUUCCCCUCAUCCCCAGCACCAGCAGCAGCAUCAGCAGCAGCAGCAACCCCCGCUUCAAUCCUCCUCCUCUUUCCACCAAGGGAUGUCACAGCCGUCCAGCUCUCUCCCCCAGCCGCACACUCAGAUGCAGACAAAUCCGGCCGCCGGCGCCGCCCCUCCCUCUCUCAUGCCGUCCCAGUCGAGUGCUGGCGCGGGGGGAGUGGGGGGAGGCGCGCAGGGGAGCGGGGGAGCGGGCGGGAGUUCAGGCGGAGGGGGAGGCGGAGGCGGAGGAGGAGGAGGAGGGGGGAAACCGAGGGCGAGGGCGAGACGAGGGCAAGCGACGGACCCCCACAGUAUUGCGGAAAGAUUGCGCCGAGAGCGCAUAGCGGAGCGCAUGAGGGCGCUGCAGGACCUGGUGCCCAACUCGAAUCGUGUGGACAAGGCAUCAAUGCUGGAUGACAUAAUCGACUAUGUCAAGUUCCUGCAGCUGCAGGUGAAGGUGCUCAAUUUGAACCGCCUGGCAGGCCCUGCAGCUGAUGCCGUGGUCACCCUGCUUGCUGAUUUGAACCCCGAGGAAAUCGACGAUGGUCUCUCAUCCUUCUCACAGCAGGAGCUUACUCUUAUGGAACGACAGGACAUGGGAGCAGCUAUGCAGUACCUGCAGAGCAAGGGGCUGUGCCUCAUGCCUCUCGGACUAGCCAAUAUGAUGUCCAAGGGGAAAGGGGAAGGUGGGGGGGAGGAGAGAGGUGGUGAGGGGGGUGAUGCAGGGGAGGGAGGAGGAGGAGGAGGGGGCGGAGGAGGGGGAGGAGGAGGGGGGAAAGGAGGGGGAGGAGGAGGGGCCGGGGGAGGAGGAGGAGGAGAGUGGGGAGGAGGAGGGGGAGGUGGGGGAGAUGGUGGGGAAGGCGACAUGGAUGUGAAGGCUGCUCCUGCCACGAGUCCUGCAGCUGCUGCUGGGUCCAGCGGUGUGGGCGCUGGAGGCGUGGGAGCGGUUGCUUUGCCUGGAGCUGUUGAUUCGCCUUCUAGGGGUGUUGGUGGAGUUCAAACUGGGUCACCUGUGGCCACAGCGGCAGGCGCAGUGGUUGUGGCAGGAGGCGCACCAGCACCAGCACCAGCAGGAGCAGCAGGAGCAGGAGCACCAGUAGAGUUAGUACCAGGUAGUGCCUCCAACUCACCUGCUUUUGCAUCAAGGGCGGCAGCGGGAGGAGGCGGAACGGGGGGACUAGGAUCGCCAUGUGUGAAAAUGGAAGAGGUGGAAGAGUGUGGGGGGGAGUGUGCUGCAGGCGGGGUUGCAGCAGGGGGGGUGGGCCUGGCAGCCGGUGCGGGUGGUGGUGAUAGUGGUGGAGGAGAGAAUGAGAGUGACAAGAAGAUGAGUCCAGUGAAGGCUGGAGCAGCAACGGGAGGGCUGAAUGGCGGUGCUAUGGAGGUUUCUGGGCAAAGCAGUGCAGUGGCAGCAGCUACCGGUGUUGCUGCUGGGGGUGUGGCGGCUGUUGCUGUGAACGCUGGUGUGUCUGCUAUGGAGGGAAUCACUACAGCAUCCUGA